AUGUCUGCUCCAAAAGUCAUAAUUAUAUCUUCUGAUGAGGAGAGGUUCCCAGUUGAGCAAAAAGUGGCUGAAAAGUCGAUCUUGAUGAAGAACAUGAUUAACGAUUUGAACCCCGAUGGAUUAACUGAAGAUUUCGAGAUCCCCACACCAAACGUCAGAGCCAAUGUGUUAUCAAAAGUGUUGGAAUGGUGCGAGCAUCAUAAGAAUACUAUUUUUCAAGAUGACGAGGACGAAGAUGCUAAAAAAUCUGUUCCUGUUGAAGAGUGGGAUAGAAAUUUUUUGAAGGUUGACCAAGAAAUGUUAUACGAGAUUAUAUUAGCUGCUAAUUACUUGAAUAUUAAACCGUUAUUGGAUAGUGGUUGUAAGAUGGUUGCUGAAAUGAUCAAGAGUAAGAGUCCAGAGGAGUUGAGGAGAACUUUCAACAUUGUCAAUGAUUUUAGUCCCGAGGAGGAAGCAGCUAUUAGGAAAGAAAAUGAAUGGGCCGAGGAUAGGUAA